AUGAGACCAUUAAGAGAUGACGCCAGACGCCGGGCAGACCGACAGAUGAGCGCAAGUAUGAAACCGACUUCAUCGAACCGUCCAUUUUCAGACCGUAUACCAGAGAGAUUCAAGGAUGGAGAUGAUGCACAGUUUGAUUUCACAGCUCCGCCCCGUGGCAUGGGAACACGAGAUGGAAAUUUGCACUAUAUGCAGCAGUCACUGUUCUCCAUGAUUGCUGCAGUUGGGUCCAAGUCGGACUUUCACGCUCGGUUUGAUGAAUCAAGCGAUAGUGAUGCAGAGGGCGAUGAGAGUGAGAAGCUGAGGAAGAAGAUGUCUAGAGAUAAAGUGUCAUCGCGAGCACCAACAGCAUCACCGAAACCACCGUCAGCGCCUCGCCCAACGGCGGAACCCUCUGAAUCAAUACCACUUGGGACAGAACAAAGAGGCCGUCGUCAUCGAAGAAGCUUGACAGACAAUAAAUUCCCACACCGGCUACCACAGAUGAACUCGAAAGAGAAUGUCGACUCAUCCCCAGGCUCGAAACUUACUGUCCCUGCUGCAAGACGAACUCGAAGUGCCACGCCGAGGGCAGCCCCUGUUCUGAGUCGUAUGGUCGAAGCACAAACUCACUUUGAUUCCUCCACCGUACCACACUCACCAUUUAGCUCUUCCAACCUUGUAGAAACUGUGGAAGAAUCACAUUCAUCUGCGUCAGCUCUUUCCACACGGCUGAUGGAGAUGUUUGAGUUUGCAAAGCCUGAAAAGGUUUUGGUCGAAUAUGCAUGCUCGCUCCUCCAGAGCAUGCUUUUACAAGGCUACAUGUAUGUGACUGAGGGUCAUAUCUGUUUCUAUGCAUACCUUCCGAAGAAAUCGAAUGUGGCGAUCAAGUCGGGCUAUCUAGCCAAGCGCGGUCGCAAGAAUCCCAAGUAUAACCGCUAUUGGUUUGCUCUGAAGGGCGAUGUUCUCUCCUACUACCCAGAUCCUUCAAAUCUUUACUUCCCCAGCGGACAUGUGGAUCUUCGAUAUGGAAUCGAAGCCUCUCUUGCAGAACGCAAGGAUGGCGACAAAGACAGUGAUGCCAAAGAUUUUCAAGUCACCACCGAUCAGGGAACAUAUCUGUUCAGGGCAGAGAGCUCUACCAGUGCAAAGGAAUGGGUGAAAGCUAUCCAAAAAGUCAUCUUCAGAACGCAUAAUGAAGGGGAUAGCGUGAAAGUAUCUUUUCCGAUCGAUAAUAUCAUUGAUUUGGAGGAGAGUCCAAUGGCCGACUUUGCCGACACAUUCAAGAUCCGAGUUGUCGAUAGCGGUGAAACAUAUGCUAUCGAUGAGUACUUCUUCUCAUUCUUCGACUCCGGUCAGGACGCAUUCAACUACAUCAAGAGCUUAGUGAGUGCAACGAGUAUGAACACAGUAGAAGGGUCACCGAAAGGCCAAGAAUCAAAUCAAAUAGGCCAGAAAAGACGGACCGACGGUCGAGUCGCAGGCCAAAGACAAGAUACUUCACCCUUGAAGAGAAGCUCGAGUGAUGGAAAUGAAGAUCGAUCCGCAGAUUCAUUUGCAGAACAAGGCACAGCUUCCUCGCCUGUUGUGCAAUCCAUGACAGACACGAACGAAUCUGCGAGUCAAAUUCUCAAUCGAAGUGAUGUUUUCCACUCGCCUACUAUGCGCGCAAUGCGACGGCGCUCAUCGGAUGUUGGAGAGACUCUCCGACGCUCCGAAGAAACAACUCGCUCUGCAUCUGCGCAACUGGACUUGGAUCGAGCUGGUCGGGCUAUCAACAAGAGCGAUGCUUUUGAUCAGUCCGAUGUAAUGCAAGCAUCUAGCCUCGGCUCGGUUGCUCAUCUAAACGAUCUCGUCAAGGCGGGAGCUUAUCCUUUCCAACGUGCAGCGGGAUUCGCAGACUAUGUGAAAAAUCGGUCGAGGCAGAUGAGCACUUUGCUAGCGACGGAAUCAAUGGGUUACAUUGAGAAGGUUUCUGGUAUGUGGACUGGUAGCCAGAAACAUUACGGUGAGCGAGAAGGGCCAUUACAAGGUCAGCACAUUGAUGCAGAAGAUGAAGGUGAAGGUGGACUCAAUCAUGGAGAUCGGUUCCGCGCCCACUUUGCACUUCCGCCAACUGAAAGACUGCAAGCGACAUACUAUGCCUAUUUGCAUCGUGUGCUACCACUUUACGGAAAGAUCUACAUCAGUCAGAGGAAGCUUUGUUUCCGCAGUCUGAUUCCUGGUACUCGGACCAAGAUGAUUCUACCAUUCAAAGAUAUUGAGAAUGUCGAAAAGGAAAAGGGCUUCCGUUUCGGGUAUCAAGGGGUUGUCGUUAUCAUCCGUGGACAUGAAGAGCUUUUCUUCGAGUUCAAUGCCACAGAAGCGCGAGAUGACUGUGCAGUCACACUGCACCAAAACCUCGAGUCUGUGAAAUACAUGGUAGAAUCCGGUUUGCUCGCAGAAGAGGAACGAGAUGAGGUUGAGGCAGCCAAGGCUGAACACCGCAUGCUUCAGGAAGCCCGACUGGAUAGUCCCGAAGAGCAUGACACACGCCCUACGCUAAAUGAGGACUCAUCGGAGAUACACCCGUUCUUUGACGACCCUCGCGCCUCCAUUAUCAACUUCAAGCCCACUGAACCCCUUCGUAUCACUUGCCUGACCAUUGGCUCUCGAGGCGAUGUACAGCCAUAUAUUGCACUUUGCAAGGGGCUACUUGCAGAGGGACACAAGCCAAAGAUCGCGACUCAUGCCGAAUUUGAACCCUGGAUCAGAAAGCAUGGAAUUGACUUCGCCCCCGUGGACGGUGAUCCCGCCGAGCUGAUGCGCAUUUGCGUCGAAAAUGGGAUGUUCACCUACUCUUUCCUCAGAGAAGCAUCACUCAAGUUCAGGGGAUGGAUUGAUGAUCUUUUAUCAUCGGCUUGGAGAGGCUGUCAAGGCAGUGAUCUUCUGAUUGAAUCGCCAAGUGCCAUGGCCGGGGUUCAUAUUGCAGAAGCUCUUCGAAUCCCUUACUUCCGGGGCUUCACCAUGCCGUGGACUAGGACUAGGGCAUACCCACACGCAUUUGCAGUACCAGAAAAUCGAAUGGGCGGGGCAUACAACUAUAUCACAUACGUUAUGUUCGACACUAUCUUUUGGAAAGCUAUCGCAGGCCAAGUCAACCGCUGGCGACACAGAGAGCUGGGACUCAAGGCUACUACGUUAGACAAGAUGCAGCAGAACAAAGUUCCGUUCCUUUACAACUACUCGCCUUCCGUGGUGGCCCCUCCUCUCGAUUACCCGGAUUGGAUUCGUAUUACAGGAUACUGGUUCCUGAAUGAAGGCUCGGACUGGACCCCGCCAGCUGACCUGUCAAAUUUCAUCAAACAAGCCAGAGCAGACGGCAAGAAGAUCGUGUACAUUGGCUUUGGGUCUAUCGUGGUCUCAGAUCCAUCUGCUUUGACACGGACUGUUAUCGAAUCAGUUCAAAAGGCUGACGUCCGCUGCAUCCUUUCAAAGGGCUGGUCAGAUAGGCUUGGUGAUCCAGCUAGUGCAAAGCCUGAAGUUCCUCUUCCUCCAGAAAUCUUCCAGAUCCAAUCUGCGCCUCACGACUGGCUGUUCUCUCAAAUUGACGCUGCAGCUCAUCACGGCGGAGCAGGAACCACUGGUGCAAGUCUCCGAGCUGGCGUUCCCACAAUCGUGAAACCAUUCUUUGGAGAUCAGUUCUUCUUCGGCGGCCGGGUGGAAGAUCUGGGUGUUGGAGUCUGCAUGAAGAAACUAAACGUCAGUGUCUUCUCAAGGGCACUCUGGGAGACUACACAUAGCGAACGCAUGAUUGUGAAGGCGCGCAAUUUGGGCGUUCAAAUCCGAAGUGAAGAUGGUGUGGCAACCGCAAUCCAGGCUCUCUACCGCGACCUUGAAUACGCGAAGACAUUGGCUCGACAAAAGUCACUUGUCUCAUCUACUCCCUUUUCUCCCACGCCCACUGCAAAGGCCUCACCCGACGGAGGUGAUGACGAUGUCGAUGAUAUUGAAGAGUGGACUUUUGUCGGGGAUGAGACUGGCAUUGAUAUUUCGAAGCGGAUGCGCGAGCGAGCUGCUUCGGGUGCAGAUAACAUUGCUUCAACCCUGGCAUGA